AUGACUGAAGAACAAGUACAACCACAAAUCAACCCAGAAGAACCACAAGUUAAUCCAGACGAACCACCUAAUUUCAAUAUUGAAUCAGAGGCUGAUGUUGAACCAUUAGUUCUUCAAUUAAAAGCUUUUCUUGAAAAACAUGACCUUGAUGUUUCCGUUAAGUUUAAACCAAAGAAGAUGAGAGGAUCAACUUCCUUGGUUGAUGGAGAUGGACUUAAAACAGGAGAAGUUAAUAUUCCAGCAGACUUUAAAAUCACUGGUAAAGAUAAUAAUGGUAAAGAUCUUGGACAUGGUGGAGAUGAUGUAAAAGUUAAAGUAAUUGACCCACAAGGAAAUGAAGUUCCAUGUGAAGUCAAAGAUAAUGGUGAUGGAACUUAUGAUGUUGGUUAUACUCCAGUUGUUCCAGGAAUGCACAAAAUUGAAGUUGUUGUUAAUGAUGAACCAGUAGAAAAUACUCCAGUUGAUGUACUUGUCUUUGAUGAAAUUCCUGAUGCUCUUAAUUGUACUGCUGAAGGAGAAGGAUUAGAAAAUGCAGAAACAAAAACACCAGCACCAUUUAAGAUUGUUACAAGAAAUAGAGCAGGUGAACAACUUAAGAAAGGAGGACAAAAAUUCAAUGUUACAGUUCAAGGACCAACUAUUGCUGCUGAAGUUACUGUUAAAGAUAAUGAAGAUGGUACCUAUGAUGUUGAAUAUGUUGCUAAAGAACCAGGAAAACAUCAUAUUGAUGUUCAAGUUGAAACACCAGUUACUCCAUCAGAAGGAGAAAAGAUUAAUCCAGAUAAUAAAGAAAUGAAAAGUAUUAAAAAUAUGCCAAUUGAUCUUGAAGUUAAACUUAAUCAUGAAGAUGCU